GCCAGUUCAACACCAGGCAGGCAAAAGGGAUGAUUGUAGCUGCUGAGCAGAAGCACACAGACUUGUGCUGCGGAAUCCUGUUCACAUAAGGAAAGGAGGAAGACCAGUCCGGAGAGGAGGAGAUCUAGUGGAGUGCAAGAUUUCCCAGAGUUUUUUGAGAAAGUGUAUACCAGCCUGUCAGAGAAAGUGCUGGGAGGCAACACGUGAGACGGGAACACACUUAUACUGCACCUGCACCUUCGUACCCUCCCAGCAUGGACCGAGACAGUCACAGCGAGGACACUUUUUCCACCAUGGUUCUGGAGAACAUUAAAAACAAACUGAUUCAUGCCUUCAGGGCGACCGGAGAGUCCAGAGGAAAUCCACAAGGCUCUGGCUCCACUGUCAGACCAGUCAGCAUCGGCAGGAGUCACCAAGCCAACGAAGAGCUGCGGAGGGCGCAGAUAGACGGAGCGAUAACCUGGCUGAGGUCCGAACUGCUGGAGAUGCGCUCACAGGACCUCCAGCUGGCUCAGACACUGCUGGGGCUCAACACAGAGAUCCAAAGACUGAGGAGGGAGAGUUUUGGAGGUUUGGAAGUAGAAGGGGAUGAUCAGCAGUAACUGGCCCCAGCAGAGAGCCCCUUCUCUGGGUGGAGAAGACCUAAGAGUGACUAAAGGUGGAAAAAUGCCUUGGAACCAAUGGCAGGCAAGGAAAUGGUUGUAAUGCAACUGAGCAGCAAAGAUCAAAUGCAUUUGCUUGUGAUAAUUGGUAAAAAAUGUGUCAUGGUAAUAAUAGACACCAGUUGCACGUAAAGUAAGAGUGGGACAAAAUGUGCGUUCUGUUCUGUGAUGCUGGCAUUGUUAAUAUUAGAUGCUUUGUACUUAUAUAAAGUUGUAUUAAAGAAACCUUUUUGUACACGUUUUGUUACUUUAGGUCAGAAAACAAGGCAUUAUGAAUGUAAAAAUGAAAAACACUUUUGUCCCAUUGUUUUGUGAUUUGACAAAAAAAUUAAAUUUGCACCAUGAGUGGUUUCAUAUCUUUAUUGUGCUGGAAUACUGCACGGCAUACGGUACAGUAUCUGUUUAACAUAGAGCUAGAAGUUCAGGUAUGGUUGUUAACUCCCAAAAAAAUUCUAGUUUAUUCCUUUCACAAAUACCUUCUAUACACAAACAAUCUGACACCAGUUAUCUUUUAAAACAUAGAUUUACAUAUUGGUUCGCUGUACUAGCUUAUGUAUCCUAAUAAUACUUUCUCAAAUAGAUAUUCACAAAUACAUGGAACAAUGUCACUGUCAACAAAAUGCUUCAUCGCUGCAUGUGGGCAAUAACAAUGCAAUGAACCCGCUGCUGCAUUUAAUCCAUUGUGCAUGCAGUUGCAUGUCGUUAAAAGGUCAGCGAGCUUCCAGCACUUACACAUUCAUAAAAUCAAUACAUAUAAACCCGCAAAUUCAUAACUCAACAUCUGUAUAGAUUCAGCUCUGAUCUGAAUCACCGGCUAAUGUUUGUUUACAUAGAGAGGACAUGUUUCUCUCACAUUCAAUUCUAACCAAAGACAGCAAAGAUUGCCUUUAAGUCAAUGUUUAAUACAGGACUUAUAGUAUCCUCUGUCACACAGAUCUUGUACUAACUUAAAGGAAUAGCUGGGCAUUUAAAAAAAAACUCAAUUUCACUUUCUGAGAUUUAGAUGAGACGAUCGAUACCACUCUUGACUACCUGUCCAUAAAAUAUGGAGCUGCAGCCACCAGUCGGUUAGCUUUGCUUAGGUUAGCUUAGCAUUAAGACUAAAUAUGGGGGGGAGAAAGCGUUUCCCUGGCUCUGUCCCGAGUCAAUAAAAUCCAUCUACUAGCACCUCUAAAGCUGACCAAUUAACGCAUUUGUAUCUUAUUUGUUUAAUCUGUACAAAAACUGAAGUUGACAUUCGUACAGAGUCAAGCUAGCUGCUCCCUCUGUUUCCAGUCUUUAUGCUAAGCAAAGCUAGCCAAAUGCUGGAUGCAUAACUCUUAGCAGGUUAUUAGCAGGUUAGCAGGUUAUUCAUUGUCAUUGUACAACAGGGUUGUGCAGCAAAAUGCAGUAUAGUCCCAUUUUGCUCCAUAAGAAAAACACAAAAAACAAAGCUACAUUAUAUGUAAGGUGGAGGAUGAAUUACGGAGUCUCCCAGCCUGAGGAAAGAAGCUGCUCUUAAAUCCGGUGGUGCUCCAGCAGCUAGACAGCAGCAUGGCGAGUGAGAUAGGACUUUAAUUUAGACUGGACACUACAGACUUUUUAGGUGUAUAAUUGUAUUUCCAAAAACAGUUCAUAGCUUUCUGUCAGAAAUUGAUGUGUUUUACUUCACAAUGUCAUAUUUUAGUUAUGAAAACAGAAUCAAAUAAGCUAAAGAAGCCAUUAGAGUGACCUAUAUCUCUUUCCUCUUCCUUUCCUCAACUCCACUCAUCCUCCUGUCGGACUUCUCUCUAGAAAAACAAAAUACAGGGAGGGGGGGGUUUUAUGGUGGGAAACUGCAAAUAUCUAUCUUGCUCCACCUUUCGACUGCCUUAGAGGAUAUGAGGAAGUUGAGGAGAGAGUUGAAGUUCUUCUAAUAGUUAGAAUUUUCAUGGUACAGAGCUCCUCCGGUUGAAGGACCUCUUCGAUAAAACCUUUGUGUAAAGGGUCGGAGUCGUCUUCAGGCAGGAAAUGGAGAAGCCCACCUCCCCUGAGCCGAAGUAGACGCUGCCACUUCCUCUUUCGCUCUCAGAGUCCCAAUAGCUGCCCUCCCCUUCCUCCUCCUCCUCCUCUCCCUCCUCAUCUGUUUCUUCAUCUUGCUCCUCCUCAGACAACUCCUGCUUGAGCUCCUGGAUGCCGGAGUGAAGCUCCAUCAGCUGCCGGAUCAGAGCUUGGUCCUGGGAACGCAUCUCCAUCUACACAUCGGAGAAAAAACAAAAGCAUGUUUAGUUUUUUCUUUUAUGCAUUUUAGAUAUGUUGAUUGCUGGACAGAGAGGAAAACAAACAGGCCCAAAUAUCAUUUCAUAAAGGAAAGAAAUCAUCAGUAAAGAACUCAUAAAGAAACUUCACAGUUUCUGCAUUUUCCUGAUCAAGCUGAGCGGGUUAAUGCUCAGUGUGACACCACAGCCAUUUCAUUCGAGCGUUGCCUUCUUUCAAAUGCAAAUGGCAU